AUGUAUCCGGCGGUUGCAGUGCCAUUUAGAGUACGUAAUUCAGUCUGUGAAAGUCCAUCCAUAGAUACCCAUAUGAAUAUCACAAGACUUUUAAUGGCAGACACAGCUAGCUUAUUAUCUGAUAAUGUAACAAAGGUUUCUACUAUUGGGGAUAAGGAUUGUAAGUGUGGUGAUUUAGAUAAUGAAGUUAAAGAUACAGCAGUGCCAGCUCCAAAAGAGGACAAGGGAGGAGGAGGAGCCCCUUUGUUGGAUAUGAUCUCUGAAAAUGAAAGAAAUUGGGUUGUUGGCGAUGAUGUGAUAACACGGGAAAGUGAGGAAGAUGAUUCUUUGUCGUUGGAGGGUGAUCCGAUUCUUGAUAGUUAUUGUUCUCUUUCAGUGGCCAGUGAGACAAGUAGCUUAUGUGGAGAGGAUUUCUUGAGUUUUGAGGCCAACUCUGAGGUAGGAACACCAAGUUCUGUAGAUAUUGAAAAGAGCUUUGGUGUUGUUGAUGUUAUUACCAAGACAGCAGAUUUGAGGGAUUCGAAUGUCGACGCCAUUGUGAAUGAUCCCUUUUCUGUGGCAGGAAGUGUUGAGGAAGAGGUUGGAGAUGGAUCUGAUGCAAAGACAUCUGCCGUGGUACUUCUGUCGACUCUGGAAAGAAGGACCAGUGGAACAGUCUCAAGAAGUGUUUUUGAAGUGGACUAUUUACCCCUUUGGGGAUUUACAUCUGUGUGUGGAAGGAGACCGGAGAUGGAAGAUGCAGUUGCUACUGUGCCUUAUUUUUUGAAAAUUCCUAUUCAAAUGCUUAUUGGCGACCGAUUACUUGAUGGCAUGAGCACGUGUUUGCCUGACCAGACUGCUCAUUUGUUUGGAGUUUAUGAUGGUCAUGGAGGCUCGCAGGUGGCAAAUUACUGUCGUGACCGUAUUCACUCUGCUUUGUCUGAGGAGAUAGAAUUUGUUAAGAAUGGCCUGGGUGAUGGAAGUAUUAAGGAUAGUUGUCAAGAGCAGUGGAAAAGAGCUUUCACCAAUUGUUUUCUUAAGGUAGAUGCUGAAGUUGGAGGAAACGCCAGUGCUGAACCGGUUGCCGCAGAAACUGUUGGUUCUACUGCUGUUGUGGCCGUUAUUUGUUCAUCCCACAUCAUAGUAGCAAACUGUGGAGACUCACGAGCAGUUCUUUGUCGUGGGAAAGAACCAGUGGCAUUAUCAGUGGAUCAUAAACCAAACCGAGAAGAUGAAUAUGCAAGGAUAGAAGCAGCUGGAGGCAAGGUCAUACAGUGGAAUGGGCAUCGUGUCUUUGGUGUUCUAGCAAUGUCAAGGUCUAUUGGUGAUAGAUAUUUGAAACCGUGGAUUAUUCCAGAACCUGAAGUGAUGUUUAUUCCUAGGGCAAAAGAAGAUGAAUGCCUCAUUCUGGCUAGUGAUGGUUUGUGGGAUGUCAUGUCAAAUGAAGAAGCAUGUGAUCUGGCUCGCAAACGAAUACUUGUCUGGCACAAAAAGAAUGGUGUCACACUUCCCUCCUCAAGGGGUGAGGGAAUUGAUCCUGCAGCCCAAGCAGCUGCUGAGUACCUCUCCAACCGUGCCCUUCAGAAAGGAAGCAAGGACAACAUCACUGUAAUUGUGUUGGAUCUGAAAGCACAGAGGAAGUUCAAAACCAAACCAUGA